CUCUAUCUGGGAGCUUCCAGCAGCAGGGGAUGGAGACCCCUUAAAAACAGAUUGAGAAUAUCACGCACAUUAAAAACAUUCAAAAAUUCAGAUGUUUUCCAUCGCAGAUCCUCCACCCAGCAGGGACCUGUGGAGCUCAUAGAAUGACAUCAGAAAGAGAAGAGGAGGAGAGGGAGGACAAAUUCUUGAAGUAUGAGAAAACUUUACUGCUCUCCUCCUUCCCUCCUCUUCCUCGGUUCUUUCUUUUCUUUCUUUUUCUCCUUCUAUCCAUCCCCCUCCUCCUGCCGGUCAGUCAAAGAGAGAACCCCACAGGAACAAGCAAAUAGGCUUCUGGACAGCUUCUGACAAUCUCUUUACAUCUCCUAGCAGGUGGAAAGUUCUUGGGGUAAAGAAGAGGAAAGAGGGAAUCACCCAUGAAGAGUCUUACUGAAACAAAGUGACAUCUGACAGAUCCCUGUCUUCAAUACAAUGAAAGUCUGAAAGUUAAGAAGAUAAGGUCUACAUCAGAGAGCCCAGUUUCUUGAAACUGUCCAAAAGCUUUCAUUUCCCUUCUCCUUUCACAAACCUUUGGAAUGGAUCCCGGUCUAUUCCCCCAAAUGUCUCCCCUCUUAACAUCCUUCAUUCUGAUUCUUCUGGCUGGACCAGCAGUUCUGAACCCAUCAGCCUCCAGGGAGUUACAGGUCAGGACACCAAGGGAUGCUGAAAAGGACUCAUUCAAGGUCGUGAUCUCAGAGGGAUGCUCCUCUCAGGGAGAUUCGUCUGAUAUAAGCCAAGGAGGUAAAGAGAUUGAUCUGGUGCCUGGCUCUCCUCUGGUGCUGACCCAUAAGAUCAAACUGGUUCCAUCAGGGUCAGGUUCUGGGUCUUGUGGAUGUGACGGCGACUUUGCUGCCCUUCGGGAGCGAUUGGAAAGUCUAGAGCGAGAGGUGUCUGACCUUCGGGAGAAGUGUGGAGAAACAGGAGGAAGCUGCUGUACCUCAGAAAGCAAAGGUGCUGGCUGCUUGAUAAAACCAGAAAACGGUGAAUGUCCCAAUGAGUGCAGUGAUCAGGGCCGCUGUGUGGAUGGCAAAUGCGUCUGCUUCCCGGGCUACACCGGGCCAGACUGCAGCGAGUCCGGCUGUCCUGGAAAUUGUAACGAUCAUGGGAGAUGCGUGAACGGGGAGUGUGUGUGCGACUCUGGUUUCUCUGGUCCCGACUGCACCCAAAAGGCCUGUCCAGACAACUGCAACAGUCAUGGGAGGUGUGUGAACGGCCAGUGUGUAUGCGACACUGGUUUCACAGGUCCAAGCUGUUCGGAAGAAUCUUGCCCCAGAAACUGCAACAGAAGGGGCCGCUGUACCAAUGGGAAGUGUGUGUGUAAUGCUGGAUUUACAGGUGCAGACUGCUCCAAAAAGGCCUGUCCGGGAAACUGCAACAAUCAUGGCAGAUGUGUUAAUGGGAAAUGUGUUUGUGACACUGGCUUUGCUGGUCCUGACUGCUCUAAGAUCAUCUGUCCUGAAAACUGCAACAACAAGGGCCGCUGCGUUGAUGGACAAUGUGUCUGUAAUGAGGGCUUCGCUGGAGCAGACUGCUCUGAGGUCGCCUGUCCUGGAAACUGCAACAACAGAGGACAGUGUAUAAACGGACAGUGUGUUUGUGACGACGGAUUUACAGGCAAGGACUGCCUGGAAAAAGCAUGCCUUAAUGACUGUAACAACCGAGGGAGAUGCGUAGAUGGAAAUUGUGUCUGCGACAGUCCCUUCACCGGUUCUGACUGCAAUGAGAUCACCUGUCCAGGAAACUGCAACGACAGAGGACAGUGUGUAAAUGGACAGUGUGUCUGUGACGAUGGUUUCACUGGUGCAGAAUGCUCUGAAAGAACCUGCCCUAACAGCUGCAGCAAUCAUGGGAGAUGUGUUGAUGGCCAAUGUGUCUGUGAGAGUGACUUCACCGGUGAUGACUGUUCAGAGUCCGCUUGUCCAGAGAACUGCAAUGACAGGGGACGCUGCAUUGAUGGACAAUGUGUCUGCUAUGAGGGGUUCACUGGUGCAGACUGCUCUGAACAAGCUUGUCCCAAUAACUGCAACAACAAUGGAAGGUGUGUGGAUGGGGAGUGUGUUUGCGAUGUCGGGUUCACAGGACCAGACUGUGCUGUCAUAGGCUGUCCCAAUGACUGCAGCAACAAAGGGCGGUGCAUCAAAGGAAGGUGUGCUUGUCGGCGAGGAUUUACUGGACCGGACUGCAGCCAGUGUAAAGAUGGCAUGACUGGGCCAAACUGUAAUACUGCCAUGAGUGGUGUGCCACAGCUGAAUGUUGAGGAUAUCACAGAGUCUUCUGCCACUUUGAUUUGGACUCACCCUUCUGUUCAAUAUGAGACCUAUUACAUCACCUUUACCAGCCUGAAGGAGACAGAUCAACAGAUAACCAAGCAGUUGGAUGGAAGCCUGACUACCUUCACCCAAACAGGCCUGGCAGCUGGACAGAAGUACAUCGUUAGCAUUGUUGGAGAGAUUAAUGGCAGGAGGGGAGCUGAAAGCUCAACUAGCUUUAUGACCCUCAUCUCUGGUCCAACAAACCUCCAAGUUGUAAAGACCACGUCCACGUCAGCAGUAGUCCAAUGGGAGCAGUCACAGGGAGAGAUUGACAGGUACCGUUUGACCAUCACACCAAACGACGGAAUUGGAAGGACUCAGGAAAUGACUGUAGAAGCAGGCAAAAGCUCUGCUCAUAUUCAGCAGCUAGAGGCGGGACGUGUGUACAAUGUCUUGUUGGAGGCAGAGAAGGACGCUGUCCGUAGCAAGCCAGCGACCACUGAAGUUGUUCCUGGCAACAUUUUCCCAAUGGCUGCUAUCGAGGACCUGACCGUCCAGGUCACACGAGCACCGGGACAAGAUGUUGGCAGCAUCAGCGGAGACUACUCAAUAUCUGUAAAUGCCAAAACUAGACCUCUGGUCAACACAAAGUCAAGAAAUGGCACCAGACCCCAAAUAAGAAGGCCCACAUUUCCAAAACCGGGGCUGUCACGACCAAAUGCAACAAGAAUUAUGUCUGGAACAAGACAUGUUGUGCCUGGUACUUUGCUCAAAAACCCAAUGCCACUGAAAAUACAAGAGCUGUUAAAAAUAAAUAAAACUAAACCAGAUGUCCAGAUUAUUGGUGACCCUGUCCCAGACCAUAGUAAAGAGGAAUCAAGUUCUAAGAAGAGUGAUAGUAAAGGUGCAGUUGUGAUUUCUGGGCAUAAUUUUGCACCAACUGGGGAAAGCAGCUCAGAGGAACAAUCUUACACUGACUCAAAUAUACAACCAGAUGCUGGCAUUACUGAGGCUGAAAAUGAAAAUCAUUCAGAUACCUCAGCACAAACUAAGAAUUUUCCAAACCAGGACAAGAAAUGUAUGAAUAAAAUUAAGGUGACUAACAUCAGAUUACCUUUUAAGAACAGAAACAAGGGGUGCAGAGAAGAUGCUAUAGGGUUGGCAGGCAGUGCAUUGUCAAGUCUUGAGGAAUCACCUUCCAGUGAAGAGGAUGACGUUGAUUACACACCAGAUCCUUUACACAAACUCAUAGCUGAGACGUUUGACAAAUUAAAUAUCACAACAAUUUCAGUCCAUCUGGCAAAACCACUGAAUCUCUCGACUGAUGCAGACAUAGUAAGUAGACAGAUUUUAAAGGGGAUGAAGCCACUUCCUCCCCUCUUAGCUUCUUCAUCCUUUACUGCAAAAUCAUCUUAUUUAUCAGCCAGAAAGCCAUCAUCACCUGCUGCUGAACCACCCUCAUCUCUAACAGAUACAGUUUCAUCUUCACUUUCAUCAUUACCAUCACCUUCUUCAACAAAACCAUCUUUGUCAAGGUCCUCUGUAUCAUCCUCUGCAACUAGCUUGGAAGACUUAGAUCAACAUGGUAAUAAUGAACUAGACUUUACCACCAACUCUGCACCUACUGUGAAAAGUGAAAUACCUAGCUCAGAAGAAAGUAGCAUAACUGCUUUCCACAACACUUAUCCAAAGAAGGGAUUUAUACGUCGCCCUUACCCAAACUUAUUACGGCCUCGAAACAAAACGCAUCAUCACCUAAGAGUCCCUGUCAAUUCUCCACUUAAUUUGGGCAACACCCCAAUAAAAGAAACAAAGGAUGUUUCAUCUUCACCAUCUUUUUCUAUUUCAAACAAGUCACCCGCACUGGAAGCAGACACACCUGGGAAGGAUAGAAACAUAGAGGGAGACAGAACAAACCCAAAUGCAACCUCUGGGAUUGAAGAAAGCAAAAAAAAGAUGCUAAUAGAGCGAAGACUAAACCCUCUUCGUCGCCCCACUUUUAAGGGAACAUACCAACGUCGCUUACAUCCAAACCUUCAGAACAGAACCAGGCCAGUAUCACAGCUCUUAACCACACACUCUAAAUCUUUAAAUCCAAACACAGAUACACCGAAAGAACAGAUGUUUCCCAUUGAAUUGGAACAGAAUUCUACCCAUGUUUCAGAAGAUUCUUUACCAACUAAAACUGUGUCUGCAAAUCAAGGAAGUGAAGGAACUGGGACAAGAAUCCCCCAUACAGACAUCUCAAAUGGGUUUCAUCGCAUCGUAAAGGAAAGGGUUUUGCCUUUCUCUCGGCAGCCAAAUAUUCUUAAGCAGCACCAACAUGGCGAAUCUGCACAAAACAAAACAUUUAUGAACUUGAGACAACGCCAACAUCCCAAAGGCACAAUGCGCAGACCAUUCUUGGGAAGAAAGCAAAAUGGAGGCUCACAUGCUGUUGGACACCAGUCUAAUGUACCAGGAAAAUAUAGCUCUGUUGGCAAUCCUGAAUCACAACCAGAGACACAAAAUACACAAAGGUCUAACUCUGGUUUCCAGACUAAUCAGUCAGGAGAACAAAUGAAUGGAAUGUUGGGAAAAAAUUCCAGAACGCAUGAAAAGAAAACUACAGCUAAUGAACAGAUAGAAGAUUUAAACAAAGAAGAUAAUACCCUGAUCCAACUGGAAGCUGCAGCAAAUUCCAACAUCAAACAGAGAGAUGAUACUGGCAGAGAUAUUGGUCCCACAGAUAAAAGCAAGACUGUUUCUAAACCUUUGAGACGAAUCACACUUCCAAAAAGACAACCCAUAGAUACAGCUGAUAUGGGGCAUCAACAUGGCACCCACAGAAUAGCUGGAAAGCAAGAGAAAGAACUUGCAAAAACAAAUCCUACUGCAAAAACUGUUUUUGACACUGAAAACGAAUGGACAGAAGGCUCUGCAUCUGAGGUUUCUUCAUCAGUGGACAAGAGAGAACCUCUGGACUAUGUUGGAGUAAAAAACCAGACCUCUGAUGGAUUCACUGUGGUAUGGGAUUCACCAGAAGGGAAAUACAAAAACUUUGUUCUUAGUAGAACAGUGGUGGAGAGAGACGAAAAGCCAAAACAGAAGGAAGAUAAACAAGAAGAGGACGAAGAUCAAAUUAGCAAGGAACUCUCAUCAGAAAAUGGAAGCAAUAAGGACAAUAAUAAAGUACCUGAAGAUGUUCGAGUCCCAAAUAUCCAAAGAGGUGCAGUGAACAAGCCAGCAGAUGAGGACAAAGUCUUCAAACAAGUGCUGCCUGGUUCUGCUCGCUCCCUCCAGUUUGAUCACCUACCUCCUCAGACGGAGUACACCAUAACCUUGCUUGGAAAGGGUCCUGGCAUUCUAUCCAAACUGCACAAGCUUGUCAUCAGUACAGGACCAGAGCCUCCAUCCAACAUAGUGUUCAGCAAAGUGACUGAAAACUCUCUGACAGUGUCAUGGACAAAACCUAAAAGUAAUGUUAAUGGUUUCAAAGUCACCUACACCAAUGCAGAUGAAGGUGAGCCAGUGUCAGUGACAGUGGACUCACAGGACUCCAGCCUCGAUCUAUCUCAGCUGGCUCCUGGAUCCUCUUAUGAAGUCACCAUCAUUUCUACCCUUGGACUGGAUGAGAGUGAUCCAAUCAAAGAUACUGUCAUGACACUUCCAGACCCGCCCACUAACCUGCAGGCUGUCAAUGUCAAUGACACCACAGCAUUGCUCCUGUGGCGUCCAGCGUUGGCCACUGUUGAUAAGUACACUAUUGUUUAUGGCUCGGGUUCAGGAUCUGAACUGAGGCUCACCGUUUCUGGAAAUGCAGCCGAGCAGCAGCUCAGUGGCCUGGAAGGAUCAACCACUUACACUGUCACAGUAACAAGUCAGCUUGGAAGCCUGGAGAGUUCACCAGCUACAACCAGCUUUACCACCAAAAGCAGCUCAAGGUCGGAUAAUGAUGGGGCGAACGAUCUUAAGGCCAGCGAUGUGACCCCUCGGAGUGCUGUCAUGUCAUGGAUUCCUUCUUCAAAGCCGGUGGAAAAAUACGUCCUGCUUUAUGGUAGAGAAGGUGAAGACCGAAAGGAAAUGAUUGUUAGCCCAGAUCAAAGACAAUACAAGCUGACUCGACUGCAUCCAGGAUCUCUGUACAAAGUGGAGCUACAGUCUAUAAGGGGAGGUCAACUGAUAGGCAGCAGUUAUACUGACUUCACCACUGGCACGCUGCUGUUCCCUUACCCCACUGAUUGCUCUCAGGAAUUGCAGAACGGUGUCUUCACUUCAGACGUGGUGGAAAUUUUCCCUCAAGGGGAACUUGGCCAGUCAAUGAAUGUCUACUGUGAUAUGGAGACAGAUGGCGGCGGCUGGACGGUUUUCCAGAGGAGGAAGGACGGCUCGGUGAAUUUCUACAAUGGCUGGAGGGAUUACGUUUCUGGGUUUGGAAACCUGAGUGGGGAGUUCUGGCUUGGCCUUGACAACAUUCACAACCUGACUAAGAUGACAAGGAUGAAUCUACGAGUCGACUUACGAGACGGAGACGAGCAAGUCUUCGCUAAGUAUACAAAAUUUUCUGUGGCCAAGAGGAACUACAAACUGAGUGUGGGGGGUUACAGCGGCACUGCAGGUGACUCCCUUAGUUACCAUGACAACUGCGUGUUCUCCACCAAAGACCGAGACCCAGCACCAUGGAUCACCCGCUGUGCUAUUUCUUAUCAAGGAGGCUGGUGGUACAAGAACUGCCAUGAAGCAAACCUGAACGGCCUCUAUGGAAUUGACUUCAAACAUCAGGGUGUGAUCUGGAAGUCAUGGAAAGGAGAAGACCACUCCAUCCAGUUCACAGAGAUGAAGAUGAGACCAGCAUCCUUCAUAUCUACAGUUAGCAGAGCAAAGUGAGAAUAAGGAUGAAGAUAUAUUAUAAAUAAAGUGCCAAUGUAUGUACACAAAUAUUUUAACAAAAACCUUGCUCUCAUUUGAGAAUAGAAUAAGAGCUUUUUUUUUUUAAUUUGUAAAAAGUCAGUUAUCAUUGUUCAACUGUAUGCUGUGGAGUUUCUAUCUUUACAGAAACAGUUGAUCCGAGUUAAUAGCCGGUACCUUCAUAAGCAGCCACUUUUGGAUUCCAGUUUUAAAUGAUUUAGAGAUGCAAGACUAAAGUUUCUAAUUGGCGGAAUCUUAAACUGACCA